GACCCCAACCCCAAUUCCCCAUCCAUUUCCUUCCGUACGCCUGGGUUUAGCUAGGGUUCCUCUUCCGCCACCACUCCGCCCGCGCCGCCGCCGCCACCACCGCAGCGAUGGCCGCCUUCGGCGAGGACGACGCGGCGUGGGAGCGCGCCAUCGCCGCCGCCACCAAGACCGCCUCCGGCGCCACCUCCGGGCCCAAGUCCCUCACCCUCGACGGCGCCGUCAAGUCCUCCACGGGCCGUCUCCCCUCCCCGGCCCUCUUCGAGCGCUUCGCCGCCUCCCUCGAGGAGCUCUCCGUCGCGGGGGCCCGCCUCUCCUCGCUCGCGGGCCUGCCGCGCCUCCCGGCGCUGCGCCGCCUCUCGCUCCCCGACAACCGCCUCUCGGGGGCCGCCGCGCUCGCCGCCGUCGCGGAGGGCUGCGGCGCCACGCUGCGCCACCUCGAUCUGGGGAACAACCGCUUCGCCGAGGUCGACGAGCUCGAGCCGCUGGCCAAGCUCGGGGUCGAGGCGCUCGACCUGUAUCAGUGCCCCGUCAGCAAGAUCAAGGGGUACAGGGAGAAGGUCUUCGCGCUGAUUCCCAGCUUGAAGUAUCUGGAUGGCGUCGAUGCCGAAGGAAACGAGCGUUUGGAGACGGAUGACGAAGAGGAUGUUGAGGAGGACGAGGAGGGGGAGGAGGGAGAAGAAGGGGAGGGAGAAGACGGAGACGAGGAUGAUGGUGAGGGAGAAGGGGAUGAAGAAGAUGGGGAGGAUGGGGAAGGGGAUGAUGAUGAUGAAGAAGAAGAAGAAGGCGACGAAGAGGCUGAAGACGAAGCGGAUGAAGCUGAUGAUGAUGAACUUGAUGCUGAUGAAGAAGACAAGGAGAACAUUGAAAGCAAAGCAGGUGGGUCUUCCCUGCCAAAUAAGAGGAAAAGGGAUAAUGAUGAUGACACCAAUGGAGAUGAGUAAAAGGGUGAGGAAAAUAGUUUCUUGCUGAACUUUGGAAGGUUUUGUGCACUGAUUAUUCUUUUCAUGCUUUUCCGGUGCUUUGUUUUCAGACUUGUAAUAGACUAGAGCAUAGUGUCUGUAGUAUCUUCUGUAAGUUGUUGACUCUGAAACCAUGAGUAGUUUUGGACACCCCCAGAAUACUCGUUUUUUUUCAUGUUGACUUCCUGAUGCUACUAAUUGAGAUCCCAGUUCAUAUAAUACUACUGCUUUAUACUGUGGUUC